AUGGAUCCCAGCAGCAUUAGGAUCGUGGGCAACAUCACUCGUCCACCAUCUGUCCACUCUCUCAGAUCCGCUCUCAAGACGCUCGACAUACCUUCCAUGCCUCCCACUGUGCCCUUGCCGCCCAUCCCGACGUCUCCUUCGUCGAUUAAAUCACCCUCAUCGAUCAAAUCGCGGUCGGCAACCAUUACGGGGGUGGCAUCUCCCAGACUGGUCACAGGGUCGAUCAAGAACAAGGCCUCCUUUACAUCACUAGCCUUUCGUCCGCAUAAGCCCAUCAAGUAUGGGACUGGAAGAUUCUCUCAUGUCGAAUUGGUGCCUCAGCCGAGCGACGAUCUACAAGAUCCGCUGAACUGGCCUCAAUGGAGGAAAGAAUUGAACCUAGCCUCCCUACUCUUCAUGGCGUGCUUGAUCGGCGCAAUGAAGACGGCCCUCGUCGCUGUCAAUGACGUUCUUUCAACUCACUACAACGUCUCCUAUACUUGGAUCGCCGCUUUGACGGCUACACCCUUGAUGGUUUCCGCUGUUACUGGCUCCAUCAGCUCAGUCGCGGCGAAGCUGGUAGGAAAGCGCCCAGUGUAUCUGGCCUCAGCGGCCUUCAUCUUCGCCGGCUGCCUCUGGAAUAUGACGGCAGAUUCGAGCUACGGCUCGUGCAUGGGCGCUCGGGUUAUGCAAGGACUCGGCUGGGGUGCUUUUGACACCUUGCUGAUGGAGACCAUCCAAGAUACCUUCUAUGAACAUGAGAGGAACACCCGUGCCUCGUUAUACACCAUCCUUACCAUCACAUCAACCUGGGCAUUCCCCCUCAUGGGAGGCGCUGUCUCUUAUAAAGUCGGACCCUUCGCCCCAUACCGCAUCAUCAGCGCUCUCUUCGCAAUUGCCAUUCCCAUGCUGGCUCUCACCGCGCCAGAGACCGCCUUUGACCGUUCCAGAGCCGCUAUUGCAACAACGCCGGUGCUCAACUACACGUUCCCCUGGGAGCCUCAGCCGACUCACGUCGGUCUCAACAAGGACUCGGCAAUCGACUACGUCAGGGAGAUGAGGCCCUGGUCAUUUGCUGGCGAAAAGAGCGUCUUGACUUCGCUUCAAGCGCCCAGGGCUCUUGCUGCUCCCACGACGACACUCGUCUUCCUCGUCACGGCGCUGCCGCACUGUUUCCUUUGGGGCCUCAUCGCUUCGCUGUCUCUUCUACUAUCUCCCGCACCGUUCAAUCUCCGCCCCAGCAUACUCGGGACCCUCACGGCAGGUCCCUGGAUACUUGCAGCUCUCCUCGUUGCGGCCAUUUGCUUCUACCGCUCCGCCCACCACAAAUUCACCCGCUGCGUCAGCAGCCUCACCAUUGCCGGCGGUGCGGCGCUUGCACUCAUUGGGCUCUUGUCCUUUGGCCUCAACGUCGGCAGCUUCAUAUCAGGCGCCUCCCAGCCCCCGUCCCUCCUCGCCCCCGAAGCAGCCCACGACCUCAGCCUCCCCCUCCUCUCGCUCCAGCUUGGCCUCCUCGCCGCCGGCUCCUCCACCCUCGAGGCCACCGCCCGCCCGCUCCUCGCCCGCUCCGCCUCCUUUACCGCUUCCAGCAUGGCUGCCGCCCAGCGCAGCAUCGGCGACAUGCACGCGUGGGUCGUCAUUCUCCGGAAUCUCCUCUCGGGCGCCUUUGUCCUUGCCGUCCCGCACGCAAUGGCCCGGCCGGGCGGGCUGAGGGCGCUCAUCAUCGGCUUGGGCACUGCGCAGGUAGUCGUCACGGUGCUUGUGCUGCUGCUGUGGCGGUUUUGGGAGGAGAGCGUUUGGAGGGUGGAUGGCAAGGUCAUGGGGCUUGUGAAUUUGAGGAUGCCGCAUCCUGAAGAGAGUUUCUUCGAUACCGAUUGA